AGAAGUACGCAAACGGAACCUCAUUCUCCACCAAUGGCUAACGAGGGAAACUACAUGUGGGUGUGACGCUUAAACUCAGCGAACCAAUAGGAAAGCAGUAACCGUGUGAACUGAAGAAAGUGACAGACUUUUCGACCAAUCAGAGCCCUCCCCAAAGUGCCCUGUUGUUGAGCGUGAAGGGGGCGCGCGCAGAAAGCAGCUACGCAGGAGAGAGGGGCAGAAGCCGAAUGGUGGAGCUGAAGAUGGCGGAUGGAGACAGCGGGAGUGAGCGCGGUGGUAGCAGCGGGGGAGGAGGCGGAGGUGGCUUCCAGCACUUCCAGAGGGACCAGGAGACCCAGGAGCUGGCGUCCAAGCGCCUUGACAUCCAGAACAAGCGCUUCUAUCUGGAUGUCAAGCAGAAUAGCAAGGGCAGGUUCAUCAAAAUCGCCGAGGUAGGGGCUGGGGGCUCCAAAAGUCGCUUGACCCUCUCCCUGUCGGUGGCGGCGGAGUUCCGGGACUACCUCGGGGAUUUCAUCGAGCACUACGCCCAACUUGGGCCUAGCAGUCCCGAGCAGAUAGCCCAGGCUUCCAUGGGAGAGGACGGCGGGCCUAGGAGAGCGCUGAAGAGUGAGUUUCUUGUCCGGGAGAACCGCAAAUACUACCUGGACUUGAAGGAGAACCAGCGGGGGAGGUUCUUGAGGAUCCGGCAGACCGUUAACCGAGGACCCGGCUUUGGAGUUGGGGGCCCGGUGGGCGGCAUGCUGGCCGGGCAGACCAUCGCUCUCCCUGCCCAGGGGCUCAUAGAGUUCAGAGACGCCCUCGCAAAGCUCAUAGACGACUACGGGGGAGACGACGAGGAGCUGGCCGGGGGCACCGCCGCCGCAGGAGGGUACAGCGAGCUCCCCGAGGGCACCUCCAUCAUGGUGGACUCCAAGCGCUUCUUCUUCGACGUGGGCUCCAACAAAUACGGGGUGUUCCUGCGGGUGAGCGAGGUGAAGCCCAGCUACAGGAACUCUAUCACCAUCCCCUUCAAAGCCUGGAGCAAAUUCGGGGGAGCUUUCUGCAGAUACGCCGAGGAGAUGAAGGAGAUCCAGGAGAGGCAGAGGGAUAAAAUGUACGAGAGGAGAGACGAGUCCGAGGGAGAGGACGUGGAUGACGACUGAGAGGAAAUGAAAAGAAACAGCUGUUAGUCCAUGACAGAUCUGCAAUAUAGCCAGGGGUAUUCUGCAAAAGAAAAAAAGAGAUAAGUGCAUGACAAAUCGUGCUGUUAUAGCCUACUAAAGUAUCGUGGAGUAAAAAAACAAGUACAUGUGCAGGGAAUUUGUGGUGUAUUAUCCUAAAAGUUGUAGGGUUGAAGGUUGGAGUGGUUGUGUGAAUCUUUGAAAGUGGAUUAAAUGUGUAAAUGAGAUAUUUUUACAUCUCAUCGGCUGAAAAAAAGUAGGGAUGCACCGUUAUCGGGUGCCAAUACCAAGCCUGAGUAGGCCUAUUUGUACUCAUAAAACAUCACUGAUACUGUAUAGUAAUUACCUUAUUUAUAGCACCUUAAAGCAGAUGUUUACAGAGUGCUUUGACAGAGAAAGCAAAGGGGAACAAUGGCAUACAAGGCGAUAGCAAGCUCAAACAGAGAGAAGGGUUAAAAAUGUAGAAUAAGUGCAAAAUAUAGGGGGUUAAAAACGUAGAAGAGGUCGGGUGUAGAGGUGAGAAAGCAAUACAAUUAGAGGAAUUUCUAAAAAGUAACUGGGUGAAUGGGCUAAAGAGAGAGAAAGAAAGAUUAGCAGUGAACUAGAGGAAACUGCAAAAUAGACGAUUUCACUUUGCAGGAUAUUAGCCUCAUUAUUUGAGCAGUUAGGCCACAUUGGUGGUAUUUAAACAUAAAUUAGGCCGACUUAAGUAGAGCACACUGCAAACUAUGCACUGCUAAAUUGUCAAGAGGAAGGUGGAAGAGCAUCAGACGGACUUUGAGAAUAAUUUGGUGUUAUAACAGAGUGAUAUUUGUGCUUGAGUACUGCUUGGUCUGAAAAAAAAGAGGUAUCGGUGCAUCCCUAGCAAAGGAGAUAUUUUUGUAUCUCAUCGGCUGGAAAAAAAAAGAGUGCUUUAUUGUACAAAAAAGGAAAAAGAGCAACCAGCAAAUUGGUUUUUAUAACAAUAGAGGAAGUUAAGUCGACGAAUGCUUUCUAUCUGCAACAUAGUUUAUAUUUAAAGUGUGAGGAGUCAACCUGUUUAAGAUGUUUUCCUUGCUCAGUUUAAGGAGCAUCCAUUGUAUCCCUGUUCCGGUCCAGGUCUCUCCUCGGUGGGCAGAUUGUGGGGAUUUUUUUUUUUUUUGCAAGUCAGAUGAACCUGAGAGGAAUGUAUAGAAAGCCGCUGGACGUGUUUGUCAGCCGACGGAGCCGUGCAGCAGCAGCAUCAGCAGCAGGCGGCAGUUAAUCGAAAAAGAUUACCCAAAAUGUUAGGGGAAGUUACUGAUGAGAGGAUUAUCUUUAAGCCCGAACAACAAGGGCCUCGCCUCGCGGACUUAAACUAAAGCUUUGACUCCUGCAGUCAGUCACAGUGUGGAUCAGCUGGGUUUUAUGUUAUACAUACGAUCUUAGCGAGUGUUUUUAAUUCAUAUUGUCUCACUCAGCAAGAAGGAGGAGGAGGCUGCGGUUUCUUGCGCCAGAGCAUCCCUGGUGUUUGAGAGCAGCCGCUUUGGAAAGCCAAAACACAGGGAGAGGACUGAACAGGUGCCUCCCCCCCCGAUCGACGCCCCUGGAGACAAAAACAAACACGUACUGUAUUUAAAAGCAUAAGUAUACAGUAUAUUUCUACAUUUGGGACUUUCAACGAUGCUCAUCUGCUCCCUCUUGCCUCAACAAGGGUCCAAAUAUCGCCGGAUGGGAGCACCACGUUUGACCUUCCAGCUCUGUCAGAGAGGAUUUUUCCCAUCAUGCUCUCUGUCGUAGUCAGAGCUGGACAGACGGGACAAAUAGACGGCCAUCUUUACACCAGCCUGAGGCCAUAUUUUUCUGACGUAACGACAUCUUCCGACACGUGAAGACCCUGGACAGAAACACACUGAUGAUGGAUGUUUUUUGUUUUUUGUUUUGUUUUGUUUUUUUCAAGAGAACUUUAUUAAAAUGAGAUUAUAGGAAAAUAUAUCUGAACAAAACCAGCAAAAGAUAUUUUGAAAUACUUAUAAAAAGACAAAUGUAUUAUAUAAAGGAAUUUCAAGAUUUAAAAAUAAAAAAAGGUUAAUUUCUUAAAACAAAGUUGUGACUCAAAGCUCCAGAUUAUUUUUUGUUUUUUUUCCUAGAGUGAAAGUAUAACACUUCCUUAAUUAAAACAACUUUAAAUGCA